AUGAAAAAGAAGGCGAUCGUAGACGACUUCGAAAGCGACGUGACCACCCAGCCGGGUCAUAAAACCGUGAAAGAAAAAGUGUCGAGCUUAUACACUUAUUUGGUAGGGAGCAACGAAGAUAAGUUGAUUCAAGCUGUCUUUGACGGCAAUCAGAGCCGUGUUAUGGAGCUUAUAGAUAAGGGAGCAGACCAGUGUGUUAUUGAUAAAGAUGGAAACACAUUGGUACACGUCGCGGUAAAGGGAAGACAAGGUGACAUGUUUGGGUUGUUGGCGAAUCUUGGGAUGGACGUUAAUUGUGUAAACGAAGAUGGGGUCACACCACUGAUAUAUGCGAUCCAACUUGGGUUUGACGAUGUUGUGACUGAACUCCUGCGAAUCAAAGGAAUUGACGUCAACCACCGAGAUCAUUCAGGACGGACCGCCCUUCACCAUUGUGCCAUUUGUGGUAACGCAACAGUAGCGGAUAUUUUGCUUGAAAAUGGAAUUGGAAUUGACCACACAGAUGUGACCAACAAUACUGCGUUGCAUUUGUGCUGCGAAAGAGACACGUUCAACGUUGCGAAGGUGCUGUUGCGAUGGAACGCGUGUCUCUUCCACAAGAACCAACACGGGUUUACCCCACUUGGCACCGCAGUGAAUAACAGAAAUAGAAACAUGAUCAAACUGAUGACUGCUGCAAUGAAGGGGACCGACCACCCAGACUUUGACAAGAACAUUGACAAAAUGAUGGAUUUGACCCAUGACCUUGAUUAUUAUAAGAAAGUCCUCAAUACAAUGCCAGUGCACUUUACGAAGGACAAGAAUGACUUUGAAGAUGUGCGCCAGGCAUAA